AUGGACGAAGGGAUUUACUGGAAGACACAUGAACAGCUCCAGAUCGGCAAAGGUCAACAGCUGCCUGGUAACCCGACAGAUCGUACGAAGCAAGCCAACUUCGACGCCGUUGCAUCGUCAGAAACCGUUUCAAUACUACCAACCACUGAGUGCUCCUACGACUUUGGUGGAGUAGCUAUUACAACGGAUAAUGAUGAUAGAAACGGAGGUUUUGCCGCAACAACACAAAGCGUACCGACCUCACAACAACAAUAUAGCUUAUCGAUGUCGUCAAGCAGCUGUGUCGACAAAGACUCGACAGCUUUGUGA